GGUGACUCGCGAGCACUUUUUAAAUGUGACAAGUGUGACGAUCACACUAGUCACAUUUGACGUUAGUGUCGUAGAAGGUCAGAGUUGGUUGUGGAUUGUGGGACUUUUCCAGUAGAAAAACAGCCAAGAAAAAAUGUUUUCCAGACUAGUAAGACCCACAAUGGUUUCGGCCAGGAACUUUUCCACCAGCAAACAGAACAACUACAAAGUAGCAGUCUGUGGAGCCUCAGGUGGCAUUGGUCAACCCCUCUCAUUACUCUUGAAAAACAACCCCCUUGUCUCUGAGUUGGCCCUAUACGAUAUCGUCCACACUCCUGGUGUAGCUGCUGAUCUUUCUCACAUAGAGACUGCUUCAAAAGUCAAGGGAUACAAUGGCCCCGAAAAUCUUUUGGACGCUCUUAGAAAUGCUGACGUCAUUAUUAUUCCUGCCGGUGUACCGAGAAAGCCUGGUAUGACCAGAGACGACCUUUUCAAUACCAACGCCGGUAUUGUCCGUGAUCUAGCCAAGGCAGCAGCUGAGGUAGCUCCAAACGCCCUUAUCGGUAUUAUUACCAACCCUGUCAACUCCACUGUACCAAUUGCUUGUGAAGUACUUAAACAGGCUGGCAAAUUCGACCCUAACAGGGUAUUUGGUGUCACCAGCUUGGACAUUGUUAGAGCCAACACAUUUAUUGCUGAAGCCAAAGGACUCAACCCCAAAGACGUAAACAUACCUGUUAUUGGUGGGCAUUCGGGUGUCACUAUUAUUCCCCUAAUUUCAAGAGCAACUCCAUCAGUAAGCUUCUCAGAAGAGAAACUUAAAGCUUUGACUGGCAGAAUUCAGGAAGCCGGUACCGAGGUUGUAAAAGCCAAAGCUGGCGCUGGAUCAGCCACCUUAUCCAUGGCUUAUGCCGGAGCCCGUUUUGCAAACUCGCUCCUCAGGGGUCUUAAAGGAGAAUCGAAUGUUAUCGAACCUGCCUAUGUAGUCUCCAAUGUUACAGAAGCUGAAUACUUCUCGACACCUUUAUUGCUUGGCAAGAAAGGUCUUGAAAAGAACUUAGGAUUGGGAAAUCUCAGCGACUACGAACAACAAUUAUUGAAAGCAGCUAUUCCCGAACUGAAAAAGAACAUCAAUGCUGGAGUGGAGUUCGCCAAAAAGUAAAUCAAUCACUCGUUUUCCAAAAAAAAAAAACUAAUAAAAAUUACAUAUACACCUAGUCUGAUUUAUGUACAACAGGUUUCCAUGGGAAAUUAAUUUUAUAUAGAAAGUUUUUAUACAAAAAAGUUAUCCUUUUUUUAGGUCCCUGAGGGAGAAAAAGUGGGCAUUUGCAUUUUAAGUUUCAACUAUUAUUUAUAUUGUACAGUGUUAAUUUUUUUCCAUUGUGAUUUUAUGCCAUCAAAUUGUAUUAUGUUAAUUUUAAUUUAAUUUAAUAAAAGUCGUUUAUUUUGGUUUGAUUGAUUUGUUGAGUGCAUUAGUGCAAAAUUAAAAAAUCUAGUUAGUUAUAUGUUUAUGUUGCAAUUAUUAUUCAGAAUCUUAAUGAGGAGAAGCUAC